AUGCGUAUCCGAAUCCGUGGUCCUUCGGGCAUGUCCCAAGUCAAUAUGCCAGACACGGCAACAUGGGGUGAACUCAAGCACGAGAUAUCCACCAAAACAUCUGUCGCCGACUUUGAUGUCAAGUACGGCUACCCACCGCAAAACUUGGACACAACAAGCAUCGACAACGAUACUAAACUGACCGAUGUCGGUAUCAAACUCGACGGCGAACAACUCAUCAUCUUGCCACGCGAUGUCCAACAGUCAUUGCAUAACCCCAUGGCCAGCCAUGUCGAUCCUCAAAACCAUGGAACUUUGCCUUCGCUAAAGAACAUCCAACCGCCUCAACAUCAGCCGGGUGACUUUCAUUCUGGUCAGACGAAAGGAGAACAAGCUGCACCGCUGUCCCUCCAGAGAAAGCCAAAUGAUGUAGAGAGCGAUCCGCCUGAGGUGCCUGUGCCAAAUCUGGAAGGUGUUCUUGUUCUUCGUGUGAUGCCCGACGACAACAGCUGUAUGUUUAGAGCUUUAGGAAGCGCUGUCUUGGGUGAUGCACUCGAUGCUAUGAAUGAGUUGCGCUCCCUGGUUGCUCAGACCAUCCAAUCGAACCCAGACCUGUAUACCGCUGGCAUGCUUGAAAAGGCACCCGACGACUACUGCCGUUGGAUUCAGCGCGAUGAUUCUUGGGGUGGCGGUAUCGAACUCGCCAUCCUCUCCCAACAAUUCGAUAUUGAGAUUUGCAGCAUCAACGUCCAGGACUUGCGAGUUGACCGCUUCAACGAGGGCAAAUCAAGACGCUGUAUUCUGAUCUACUCCGGCAUUCAUUACGAUGUGGUCGCCGUCUCUCCUGGCCAGGGCACGAGUCCCGACUUUGAUAGGAAAAUCUUCGAGGUUGCUCAGAUCGAGGGUAUGGAGGGUGAAGAUGGCGGAGCUUUGCAAGCUGCUAGAGAACUGUGUCAGAUCCUGCAACAGAGACACUACUUUACCGACACUCACGGGUUCACUAUCAAGUGCAACGUUUGUGGUUGGACUGGUAAAGGCGAGCAAGGUGCUACCGAGCACGCGAAGCAGACAGGCCACAUGAACUUUGGCGAAGCAUGA